GUCAACUUUUAAAAUGAGACGCUGGGCGUAUGUUUGAAAGGCUAUAUGGGUUCACGAUGCAUUCGAUCAACUGGCAACCAUGUUUCGUCUUUCAUUUAUCCAUAUUCGCACUUAGAUUGUUACUCCGGAGACCAAUUUUUGAGUCCAUUGUCGUCUCAUACUUAUUGUACGUAUCUCUUGGAGGUUGGCGCUAUCAACGCAUCUUUAUUUUAACUUUUCUCAGAGACCUCAUGGGACUACGAUGCAUACUCAUGGUUCAGUUAAAUGUUCUCUGGCUCCAAUGGACGAAACGAACUUUUUCCGACAUGUUUGAAUAUACUGUAAAAAAACGGGGACCAGAAAAUGUUGCUAUUUAUUUUGAGGACCAAGUAUGGACCUUUGGGCAGCUGGAUGCGUAUUCAAAUAAAGUAGCCAAUUAUCUGGCGAAAUGUGGUUUUAAACGAGGUGAUAUAUUACUGCUGUUUAUGAAUUCGUGUCCGGCAUAUAUUGGAAUAUGGCUAGGAGCAACUAAGGUCGGUGUUGCGACUGGUCUGGUAAAUACUAAUCUUUGUAAAGGAUCACUUAUGAAUUGUAUUAAAACGCUGAGUGCACGUGGAAUAGUUGUGGGUUCCUCUUUGAAAGAAACUUUUGAAACGGUCAAUGAGUAUAAUGAUUUAUCAUUAGAGAUGAUAUGGUUAGUUGAUGAGAAAAGAAGUUUACCAGAAACUGCCUAUUCUAAUUCAACUUCUUCAACGUGUAGCUGGAACAUAGCACUUGCACAAGUUCCACAUUGUGCUCCAAUUCCACUUCCACGAAUUGAUAAUCUCCGUGAACAUUUGAUCUACGUCUAUACCAGUGGUACGACUGGUUUGCCUAAGGCUGCUAUUAUAACGAAACUACGCUACACUCUAUUGGUUGUUGGUGCUAAAUACUCAUUUGGUAUUCGGCAAUCCGAUAUUAUAUAUGAUCCACUACCGUUAUAUCAUUCAGCUGGUGGAAUAUGUGGAGUUGGACAAAUGUUAUUAUAUGGUAAUACAAUUGUAAUCAGAUCGAAAUUCUCUGCAUCACAGUUUUGGUCAGAUUGCGUAAAAUAUAAAUGCACAGUUGCUCAAUACAUUGGAGAGAUAUGUCGUUAUCUUUUAUGUCAACCUGUAAGACCAACAGAUAAACAACAUCAUGUACGAAUUGCAUUCGGUAAUGGUCUACGACCACAAAUAUGGAAAGCAUUUCAAGAACGUUUCAAUGUUAAACAGAUUGGGGAAUUUUAUGGUGCUACAGAGUCAAAUACUAAUAUUGCUAACAUGGAUAAUAAAUUUGGUGCAGUUGGUUAUGUUUCAAAAAUCAUUGAUGGUUUUUAUCCAUGCUAUAUCAUUAAAAUUGAUGUAGACACUAAAGAACCUAUUAGAGAUCCCAUAACUGGAUUAUGCAUACUGUGUGAACCAAAUGAACCUGGUCAUUUGGUAGCACGUAUUGGUUCAAAUGAUCCUUUUCGAAUGUUUGAUGGUUAUGUUAAUUCGGAAGCUUCCGAAAAGAAAAUUAUUCGAAAUGUUUUACGUAAGGGUGAUUUAUGGUUUGCUUCUGGGGAUUUAAUGUGUUGUGAUGAAUUGGGUUAUAUGUACUUUAUCGAUCGGUUAGGUGAUACAUUUAGAUGGCAUGGGGAAAAUGUAUCCACUUCAGAAGUUGAACGUGUUUUAGAUCAAGCUAUUGGAACAUUAACUGGGACUGUAUUCGGUGUUUCUAUUCCUGGGACAGAGGGGAAAGCUGGAAUGGCUGCUAUUGCAUUAGAAGGAUCAAAACUUACUUCUAUAGAGGAAGAAAAUUUGCUUUGUCGAAUAAAUGAAGAGUUUACAGGGAACUUGCCUUCUUAUGCACGUCCUCUAUUCAUACGGUUGUGUCAAAAUCUGACGAUGACUGGUAUGUUCAGUUCACUUCUUUUUUACUCAUUAUUAUAAUUUUUAUGUGACUGAUUAAACGUUCUUUUUUGUGUAGGUAGGUUUAUAUUCCAUAUGAUGUUAUCUAAGCUCAUAUCAGAAGGUUUUUAUUUUAUUUUCCUCAAAUCCAAGUUUAUUAGUGUCAUUAUUAAAACUUGUGUGAAUCUCAUCCUCUAUAUCCUGAGUGGCUUGUUAUCGAGACAAUUCUUUAGGUUUCUUAUACCAAUUGUCCUGAUAACCGUUAAAUUCCAACACUGAAUUCAAAAAGCAACACGAAACACCGACUACAGUUUAUUAAUGGUGAGUUCAGAUAAAAAUCUUACAAGCACCUCAAGUGAAUGUGAGCAGAAAAGCUAAUGCUCACGAGCAAGUGAAUACACAAUCAAAUCAAAGCUAAGCAAUUAAAAGGAUUCAAGCAUAUUUAACUGACUAACAUUUAAGCUAGAGAGUUAUGUGCGUAGGCUGUCACAUGUGAUCAAGCCUACAUCUUUAUACUGAUAUGAUAGUAUUAAUAGUAAUACAAAGAAAUAGACAAAUCGCUACUGUUCUAAUAGCACUGGACUCAGUAGCAUAUGAAACGAAAUGUUCCAGGCUUGAGUCCCACUGUGAACAUAAAUUUAGAUGCAGGUAUACGCAUCCGGCGUGUCUCAAAUAAAACUAGACGCGUGUUCUGAAUUUCACUACUAAUCUCAAACCUACGUAUUUUAUGAAAUCAAGUUUUUUAGAUUUAAAUUAUAAGCGAAAAAUAUUGGUAAGUUUAUCUC